CCACUUUCCUUGUGAACCAAUUCUCUCUCUCUCGCUCUCUCUCUCUCUCCAUCCUCUCUGACCUUCAAACCGGCGAUCAACCACCACCUCCUCAUCGAAGGUCCCCUACCGGAACGAACUAGGUGGAGGAAAAGCGCUUGCAACAUCAUUAAUUUGUUGCUUUUCUUCUUCUUGAAGAUUCGCAAUUGGCAGAUUCAUGGCGUCGUCGUCGUCACUUCUCUCGAAUCAGGGAUCGAACUCGUCCCAACCGCGAGAGUCGAAAAGGAAGAAGAGACGGAAAAUCGGAGCAGAAUCUCAAGAUCAGAACAACAGCAGGAACCAAACGAGGUGGAGGAGCCAAACCGAACAACAGAUCUAUUCCACUAAACUUUACGAAGCUCUCCGGCACGUCCGCCGGAAUUCGCCGUUGACGGCUAGUGCUCCGGGAGGCCGCGCGGUUCGGGAGGCCGCCGACCGAGUUCUUGCCGUCGCCGCCAAGGGCAGAACCCGGUGGAGUCGGGCGAUUCUCGCGAGUCGCCUCGGUAUGAGAUUCAGAAACAAGCACAAGAAGGCGAACGCGAGGGCGACCGGCGAUGGCCGCUUGAGGAAGACACGGGAGCGAGCGGUUUUGAUGAAGAAGAAGAGGUUACCGGCUCUGCAGAGGCGCGUGCGAGUCCUCGGCCGGUUGGUUCCCGGUUGCCGCAAACUCUCCUUCUCCAGUCUUCUGGAAGAAGCCACUGACUAUGUAGCGGCUCUGGAGAUGCAAGUCAGAGCCAUGGCUCAGCUCGCCAGCAUCCUCUCCGGCACCGGCGGUCUACCUGGUACUUCCGGUUGAGCCGGCUCCGGUCUGCCCGAACCGGGUCAUGAGAGCCGUGGCACCUAAUGCCAGCCCUUUUUUCUCUUUUCUUAAUUUUUUAAUUAUUUUUAAACUAUGUUUAUUGAGUUUUUAAUUCAUGUAUUUUAUUGUACACAUGCUUUUUUUUUUUCUUUUCUUUUUUGGGUCUUUCAAGCUUUUGAAAUUCCACUAGUUCAAUUAUUCUUUUUUCUUUCAAGCCAUUUGUCCUUAGCCUAAUUUUUGUUUAUUGAAUUGAACAUGCCCUCUUUCUUUU